ACCUAUUACCUAACCUAAUGUACAAUACCUAGGUAAGUACCUAACCCACCUACAAGGUACAUAUGUACCUACCUACCCACCUAAGGUACAGUACCUAUUCGGCCGACGUAACCACCGAGAUAACCUCGCACCUGUCCAAUUACAUCAUAGCAUUCCAACAUUCGGGAUACCCCAGGCGGGGUCGUGACGGGUUUUCUUUUCACACCCACAAUCCAACAUAUGUUAGCGUACUAUGGAAGUAUGUAGAUGUCGUACAAUACCCCGUCGACCUACCUACCUAAGGUUAGGAGGUAGGGAGGUAGGUAUCGAACAUCAAACAGAUAGGUAAUCUGGAAUUCAAUGGGCCGAUACCUAUCACAUUCUGACAUAUAAUACCUUACAUCCUCUUGCUUUUCUUUUGAGGCAAAUGUUUGCGCGCAUUGUCUUCUUUUUCUUCUUUGAAUGACAGAGCAGACUUCGUUGAAUUUGCCCAAGCUUCACCUACCAAACCCUAUAUUGAUCAACCAAAAAUUUAUAACGCAGUCUUUGCUUUUCCUCCAGUCGUUAUGCCUGACAAGAUUCUGGAUGAUAUCUCUCAUCGGCGCUACAAUCCGCUAAAGGGAUCAUGGCUUUUGGUUUCGCCUCACAGAACGAAGAGACCUUGGCAGGGCCAGCAAGAAGCUCCAGGGAUCAUCACUCUGCCUGAAUAUGACCCGAAGUGCUACCUGUGUCCUAGGAACUCGCGAGCGCAAGGCGACGCGAAUCCCGAUUACAGCCAGACCUUUGUCUUUGUAAAUGAUUAUAGCGCCGUGAAAGAGCAACAGCAGGAUUAUGUGGCAGAACCUUCAAGCGACGAUAUCGCCUCAUUACUACUCCGUGCCGAGGGCGUUAAAGGCAAAUGUUUCGUUCUGACCUUUUCGCCCAAGCAUAACCUCACCCUUGCCGAUAUGCCCGCGCCCGAAACUCUUCCGAUCGUCGAGACGUGGACGAGGAUUUAUGCCACCCACCUCGCACCGACCAAUCCCCUUUCUCAAGUCGUUGCUAAACUCGAUCUACUAAGUUGGGAGGCGCCUCCCGAGUCCCUAGUACCGCCACCCUCGCAGCAGUUCCGAUAUAUGCAGAUCUUCGAGAACAAGGGCGCCGCAAUGGGAUGCUCCAACCCCCACCCGCACUGCCAAAUAUGGACAACUAGCACACUGCCGGAAGAACCAGCCGCAGAAAUUGUCCAGUUAACCAAGUACAGAGCCGAGCACCAAGGGCGUCACCUGCUGGACGAUUACGUUAAGCUAGAGCUGGAGAAACAGGAGCGUAUCGUGUACCAAAACGAGUCCUUCUUGGUCGUCUGUCCAUGGUGGGCAAUCUGGCCAUUCGAAGUCAUGAUAAUCGCCAAGCGGCAUGUCCGAGCAUUAGUGGACCUGACCAAACAGGAGAGGUUCAUGUUUGCUGACGCGAUACACGAGGUAACGAGGAGAUACGACAACUUGUUUGAGACGAGCUUCCCUUAUAGCUCCGGUAUCCAUCAAGCUCCGCUGGACGGUACGGAGGAGGAAAUCGAAAAUAGCUGGUUCCAUAUGCAUUUUUACCCACCUCUAUUGAGAUCGGCCACCGUAAGAAAGUUCUUAGUUGGAUACGAGUUGAUGGCAGAACCGCAGCGAGACAUAACUCCCGAACAAGCCGCGGCGAGAUUGAGGGAUUGUGCGGGAGAACUAUACCGGAAAAAGCUCCAGUAG